AGCUGUGGAAGGAGGAAGAGGGAGAGAAAAGAGAGAGAUAGAAAAGAGAGAGAGAGGGAAGAGAAAAUUAAAGAGAGUGAGAUAGAAGAAAGGCAUAACAAUCUUUCUCUCUCUAACUUGCACACUUUCUCACUAUCUCACUUUCUCUAAUCUGUGACAGUGGAAAAAAGAGAGAGAAAGAGACAGUGAUUAGAGAUUAGAGAAAGUGAGAGAGAGAAAAAAAGUGAGAGAAUUUUGAAAGUGGGAAAAUAGAAGUGAAAGAAAGAAAGAAAGAAAGAAAAUUAGAGAGAGGAAGAAAGGAAGGAGGCGAGAAAAAGGCGGCGGCGGUGGCGGCGGUGUCAGCGGCGGCGCCAGGAUCGGGGGGCGGGGCAUCAUGGGGGGUGCGGCGUCGGGCAUGUCUGGGGGGCGCGAGGCGGGGCAGGGGGGGCGCGGGGCUGCGGGGGGCGGUGGGGGCGCGGGAGAGGUGAGCGGCGGCGGCGGCGGUGGCGGCGGUGUUGGCAGCAGCAGCAGCAGCAGCAGUCUUGGGCCGCGGCUCACGGGGGACGAGUGUGUGGCCGCUGCUGCCGUGCCCUGCCCUGCACACCACGACCCGCACCACGACCACCACCCGGCCCCGGCACCGGCCCCGGCACCGGCCCCGGCCCCGCAGCCCCUGCAGCCCCAGCAGCCCCAGCCCCAGGGGUCACAGCCCCCCGUGCGGGUGACCGUCACCUCCUUUACGCGGCCCAAGCUCACGCCGCUGCUGCCGACCCUCGCCCCCCCGCCCCCCGGGCCCUCCGCCCCCCCGCGUGACCUAGUGUACGAGGACGCCCAGCGCCGACGUGACCUCAGGCUUCAGAGAGGCGCGCCGCCCCCCGGGGGCGUGCAAGUGCUUCCCCCAGCACCCCUCCCUCAGACACACCUUGGCAGGCCGCCCCCGCACCCAGGCGAGGACCCAGGGGGCGCCGGGCCCCGGCACCACACACACAGACAGCGGCAGCGCCAGGACCAGCCCCGCCACCAGCCCCGGGAGGCUGAAGCCCCGCGGGGCGCCCGGCGCCAGCGUGACGCGGCCCCUCAGCAGGCCAGGCAGCAGCCCCAGGCCCAGGGCGGCCAGGCACCGCCCCAGCACGGCGUGACCGCCGCGCCAGCAGCUCAGGCACAGGCCCGGCCGGCACAGGCCCAGGCUGCUCCAGCACAGGCGGCUCAGGCUGCACCAUCAGCGUCGUCGUCGUCCUCGUCGUCAGCAGCAUGUGGGGGGCGUGGUGGCGGCGGCGGCGGAGUGGGCGGUGCGGGGGGCGACGCGCCUAGGCGUGGGCGCGAGGGUGAGGGCGGCGGGCCCGGGCGGCGCAGCGGGUGCCUGGUGUGGGUCAGCCUGCCCGGCGGCGGCGCGCGCCUCGAGUACAUGCCCGUGCCCGCCCUGGCCACCAUCAGGGGCACGCCCGCCACGCCGCCCACGCCGCCUACGCCGCGCCACGCCCUCGACCAGAACGGCGGCGGCGGCGGCGGGGGCGUGGUGGCCAGCAGGGCGGCGAGAGACAACAUGCCGCAAAAAAACGUGUGUAGCUCUGCCCCGGACGGCGGCGCGGGCAGAGGACCGCUGCAGCAGCAGCAGCAGCCGCCGAGGCCAGCCGGCCCCGCCCAGCAGGGCCAGGGCCAGGGCCAAAAGACUCAGCAGGGGAGUGGUGAGGGCGGCGGAGGGGCGGUGCUGACGGUGGCGGGGCGCGGGGCGGGGCAGGUGGUCAGGAUCCGCGUCCAACCCGAGGUGCACGCCUACCUCACGGCCAUGCCCACGAAUUCCAACCCCCACCCGGCGCCGCCCACGCCCCUGCCGCCCCUGGGCCGCCGCGGCAGCCGCCAGGACAGCCAGAGCAGCAGCGGGUCGGCGCUGACGGGCGGCAGCGAGGGGGGGGAGGGCUCGGCGGGCUACCAGGACCAGGACUACCAGGAGGCCGUGGGCGAGUACACGCUGCUGCGCCGCGCCCUGGACGACCACGACCCGCGCGCCCUGGCCAGCCUGGCGCGGCCCAUCGCACAAGGUACGUGCCGCCGCCUGUGUGUGUGUCUGUGUGCCGGCACGCCACUUCGAACCCCGCCGCGCUGCUGACCCACCCGAGGCACCACCUGUUACUGCUGCCGAUGAUGACGAUGAUGAUGAUGAUGAUGAUACCCGUGUUACUACCAUACUACUACUAUUAGCGCUCGUGUGUUUACUACUACUACUACUACUACUACCAAUCGUGUGUAUUACUACUACUACUACUACUACUACUACUACCAAUCGUGUGUAUUACUACUACUA